AUGGUUUUCGUUCCGGUGUCCACGACCGUGGGUAUUAACAUCGAGUGGAAGAAGCCAAAGAACUUCAAGAGCGCCGCCGAGGAGAAACAUUGGAUGCUGAAGUCGCGCAAGGAGGCCAGGGAGAUAAAGCUGGACCUGGAGAGCGGUCGUUUGAAGCCGGAAGACAUGCCUGGCAGAAUAGUCGUGGAACCGAAACCGAACCGGGUUCCAAUUGUCGAGGCCAAGCGGUUCCAAAGGGAGUUGGGCAGGCGCCAAGCUGCUCUUGUCACAGAAUGCAAUUUCGUCAAUCUGUCCACUAAGCUGAGUAACAGCUUACAAUCUUGGGAUCCCGACAAGUGCCUAAGGAUCCUAAACCACAUAAAAAGAUUGAAGCUGACCAAACUAAUGCUACUCCGCAAUCCGGACUGCGUCACCAAGAUUCGCGAUCUUCGAGAAUUUGGAAAAGAAAGGGGAGAAAUUGAGGAGCUCGAUUUCGCAAUCCGCCAGAAAUCAACUGAGCUUUACGAAGACUUCAAAAAAAUGUUCAAUUCGUGGGCGGACUCCGGGGACUCGUUUUGGGAUGACUUUUGGGAACAGGUUGAUGUCUUCAACGCCCUAACGAAAGAUAUGAAGAGGAUAUUUUGCACCUCACUGAGUGACCAGGGGUACAAAAGACUGUUGGACGCCGAACGCUUUCCAUCCGCCAGAUCUGUUAGUGCGCAGAGUGGCCAAUACAUUAAAUAA